CUGGUUAUGGCAAACACUAUUUAAGAUUCCAGCGCACAAAAACUAAAUGACGAUUUCGACAUAAAUACCAAACUUUCGGGAUGCAGAUGUUUAGCGAUGAGCAAAAAGAUCUGGUGCAACAUUUAAAAGCAACAUUUGAAAAGAACCAAGAACUGGUAUGUGCUGACAAGAAUAUUCAGUGUUUGAAGUGCCAAAAGACUUUUUCUGGUUCAGAUUCAUUCUUGGAAUCUUUGCUUCAUAUGGAGAAUAAACACAUAGAUAUUUUAAAGAGCAACAAAACAGUCAAAGAAACUACAAUUCAGACUGAUGAUUCGCCUGUCAUGACGCCCAUUCAAGAAUGUGUAGUUUCUAAUUUACCAAAUCAAGGACCAGAAACUGUUAAAACUAAAGUGGAAACGCCAGUCUCAGUUCGGAUUCAACCCGCAUCUAUUGUGGAAAAACGAACAAAGAAAGUUGUGCCAAUACCAGAACGUAUGCAGAGAUACAUUGGCUAUUCCAGAAGAGAACACCCCACUCACCCUUAUAUUUGUAAACUUUGUGAGCAACCUAGGAAAAACAUAAAAGUUUGUGUUCUCCAUCUAAUCAAGCAUCAUGGUAUUAUAUUGAAGGGAAACCCACAAUGUACAGAACCAGAAGAAGUGUUACCAACUCCACCCAAGCCCAUGCCAAAGCAAACUGCACGAAAGCGAAUUAGUAGCGGUACAUGCAAAUCAACUACAAGUGCAAAUACUGAUAAGUGUCUAAAAACAACUACAACUGCUCCAACUGCAGUUCCUGAAAAACCAACACUAAUUAAACCAAGUCCUCCUUUACCUGAUAGUGAUGUAACAAAUGAAGAAAAGUGCAAUAACUCCGAAAAGACUCUUCUUUUAAAUAUUAAAGAAAAAGAGGAAAAUAAAGAAAAAUCUGUUGUCGGUGAUUCAACACCAACAGUAGUUCAAUCACCCAAACUAACCCAACAAGAACCUGUAUCAUGGCAGGUAAUUGAACAAGCGCAUAAACGCCAUGCCUCAAGUGACGGUCUCACACAACUGCCACCGUCUAAGCUUCCUCGGCCAAUCAUGGAGCCUGAUUCCGGUCUCAAGGGCGACAGCAAGCGGAAGGGUGCACGUAAAUCCACCCGACCGCAUGCUGUCUCCCCUGCAGCUAGUUCUGUGAAAGAAACAAACUUGUUGAACAUGUUUCAAAGCACCAGCAGCACAAAAGAGUUUGUAACAACAUUCGCGCAUGUUAUACCGACCUCGUAUAAGACUCACCUGGCGGGGCAAUACGAGCCAGACAAAGUGAUUCGGUCAAAGCGAACAGGUCGUAAGAGUGCCCCAAGCAAGAACAAUUCGCGGUAGCAUCCAAUUGUUCGCUCAUACACGGUUAAGUGAUCUUUUAAAUGCCACUUAUUCUCUAUUUUUUCCAUUUUACCUUCAGCAUGCCGCUGCUCAUUUGUACAAUUUUUUUUUAUCAGGAAUCAGAGCACAAGAAAAUAUAAGUUUACAAUCGCCCGUUUUAUUUGGUUUUACAGAAAAUUAAAUAUAUUUUUAAAACAUUAAAAAUAUGUGUCUAACUUUCUGGGAAUAGACUACAAAUAAAUAAAUACGGGUAAA